AUGCCCGGCCCCUCCGAGGCACCGCUCAGCCUAAUAUCUUCCCAAAUGAUGGCCGCCCAACAGCGCCCCAGCAGCCGCCGCGCCGCAUCCGCAACCUGGGACCGUCUCAAAUCCCGCCCUUCCGACCCGCUGGAGCAAUACGGGCUGCCCUCCAAAGGCGAGACGCGACUGAACGACUUCAAGGCGCAGGAGAACUACUACAACAAGAUCGUGGAGCGUUACAUGAAGUUCUGCGCCUCAUGCGGCGGCGGCGACGGGCUGGAGAAGGCCUUUGCUUCGCUCUCACUGUCCUCCACUCCAACCCCUUCGCCGAACCCAGCGCCGCCGCAGUCGAAGAGGUCCGGCGCACCUACUCUGGGGCCUCGUAAGGCUAGCUCCGCGCAGCAGACCACCCCGCCAACCCCGCAAGCCGACCUCCCCACCAUCCUAUCCGCGAUGCGCAAGCUGCGCGAAGCGCUGGUCGCCUCGCACCGCCUCGACGUCUUCGCGCAGCGCGCUUACACCUUCAUAAUCCACGCCUCGAUCCUGUGCCGCCAUUUCGAGUCAUACCACCCCGCGCUGCUGUACCUGCUGCACGUGCUCCACCCCGUGGUUCCGCUAUCCGAGCCCGAGCUGCACGAGUUUGUCGGAUACCAUGUGCUUGAUCUCGCGUGUCGGCAAGCGGACCUGGGGGCCGCGUAUGCGGUGAAAGUCGCGUAUGGGCAUCGGGAUCCGGCGGGACGGGUCGAGGUGGUGCUGAAGAGUCUGGUGCAUGAUGAUUAUGUGGGGUUUUGGCGGGUGAGGAGGGCGGUGGAUGGGUAUCAGAAGGCGGUGAUGGAGUGGGCGGAGGAGGGCAUGAGAUUGCAUGCGUUGAAAUGUUUGGGAAGGAGCUAUCUGAAUGCGGAGAGACAAUUCGUUGAGAAGAUGGCGGAAGCCACGUGGAAGGAGUUGGUGGAUAAGGGGGUAGGGUGGGAGCUUACUGGAGAGGGCGAGAAAGUCAUUAUGCGGAGGCCGAAGCCGAAGUGA